AAACAAAAAAAUUUCUUUUUCUUUCAAAAUCUUAGUGCUGCUAAAGCACCAUAUCGAGCAACAUUUCGUGUUCAAACUGUUGGUAUUGAACAAGUUGAACGUUGUGCUGAUCCUGAUUAUGAAUUUAUGCAUGAUUUUAGUACUGAAUAUUCACAAAUGGCUAUAUUUAAAGUUGGUGAUGAUGUUCGACAAGAUAUAUUAGCUUUACAAUUAAUGCGUUUAUUUCAUAAUAUAUUUGAACAAGAAGGAUUAGAAUUAUAUUUAUAUACAUAUCGAGUUAUAGCAACAAGUCCUGGAUGUGGUGUUAUUGAAUGUGUUCCAAAUUCUCGUUCACGUGAAGAUAUUGGUAGAAAUACAGAAGCUGGUCUAUUUGAUUAUUUUCGUCAUGUUUAUGGCAAAGAAGAUUCAAUUAAAUUUCAAAAAGCACGUCGAAAUUUUGUAAUAAGUAUGGCUGCUUAUUCCGUAGCACUUUUUUUGUUACAAAUCAAAGAUCGUCAUAAUGGAAAUAUUAUGCUCGAUGAUGAAGGACAUAUUAUUCAUAUUGAUUUUGGUUUUAUGUUUGAAUCAUCACCUGGUGGAAAUAUGAGAUUUGAACCAGAUAUUAAAUUAACUGCUGAAAUGAUUCUUAUUAUGGGUGAUUUAACAGCUCCAGCAUUUUUAUGGUUCAAAGAAUUAUGUAUUAAAGGUUAUUUAGCAUUGAGACCUUAUCGUCAACAUUUUAUAACACUUGUUGCAUUAAUGUUAGAUACUGAAUUGCCAUGUUUUCGUGGUCAUACAUUAGAACAAUUUAAUGCUCGUCUUAAACCUGAUUCAAGUGAAACAGAAGCAGCUCGUUAUAUGCAUGAAGUUAUUAAUCGUUGUGCACACAGUUUAAGAACACGUAUUUAUGAUUAUAUUCAAUUUCAACAAAACAAAAUUCCUUAUUGA